AUGGGGGAAAAAUCAGGGAGGGGGUCCCCAAAAAAUGAGAGGGGGGGGUCCCCAAAAACCACGGGGGUCCCCCAAAACAGGGGACAGGCGGCAGAACUCGGGGUGCAGGACUAUUUCCUGUUCUCGGAGAUGCUGAUGCAGCGCCCUCUGGGCCGUCCCUCGCGGCUGCCGGGCGGGGGGGGCGCCGCCCAGCCGCCGGGCGGGGGGGGCGCCGCCCAGCCGGGCCCGGAGGGGCGGGGGCCUCACCUGCAGGGCGCACCUGAGGGGCACCUGAGCGGCGAGGAGCGGGGCUACAUGCAGAGCAUGGCGGCGCAGCGCUUCCCGCGCAUCCUGCAGGUGCUGCGCGCGCUGCCGCGGCCCAUGCUGCUGGUGUUCCGCAACAUCAACACCGUGCGCAGCGUGCACGCCGCCCUGGGCGCACCUGCGGAUCGGUACGGCAUCAUGGCGCGCAGGUGAGACAGGUGUGUGUGAUACAGGUGUGUGUGUGUGUGAUAC